GUGAGUGGUGGGGAGGAGUACAGUGACUUGUGUGAGGGGAGAGAGCAGAGCACGUUGUCACACCGUCCCGGCAGCUGUACAUUAGUAGCGCCCAGUCAGUCAGCUCUCUUGUAGGCAGAAGUGUGUGAGCGGCAGCAUGAAGGUGGCAUCAGAAGAACCCCAGGCUAAGAAGCAGAAGUUGGAGGAGGAAAAGAAGAAGGCUCUGAGUGAAAAUCUCCUUUUUGGGAUGGGCAACCCUCUUCUAGAUAUUUGUGCGGUGGUGGACAAGGACUUUCUUGACAAGUAUGGCUUGAAGGCAAAUGAUCAGAUUUUGGCUGAAGACAAACACAAGGAGCUGUUUGAGGAGUUGGUGAAAAGGUUCAAUGUCGACUAUCAUGCUGGUGGCUCCACACAAAAUUCAGUAAAAGUGGCUCAGUGGAUGAUUCAGAAGCCGUAUAAAGUGGCAACGUUUUUUGGAUGCAUUGGAACAGAUAAGUUUGCAGAGAUCUUGAAGAAGAAGGCUGAGGAGGCUCAUGUUGAUGCCCGCUACUAUGAACAGAGCGAGCAGCCUACCGGAACAUGUGCUGCUUGCAUCACUGGUGACAACAGGUCUCUGGUGGCUAACCUGGCUGCUGCUAAUUGCUAUGAUAAAGCAAAGCACCUCGACCUGAAGGAGAAUUGGCAGCUGGUGGAAAAGGCAAAAGUUUACUAUAUAGCUGGUUUCUUCCUUACUGUCUCUCCUGAGGCCAUCCUUAAAGUUGCCACACAGUCCUCUGAAAACAACAAGCUCUUCUGCAUGAACCUUUCGGCACCCUUCAUCAGUCAGUUCUUUAAGGAGCCCCUCAUGAAAGUCAUGCCUUAUGUGGACAUCCUUUUUGGGAAUGAAACGGAAGCUGCUACGUUUGCCAGGGAACAAGGAUUUGAGACUGAAGAUAUCAAGGAGAUUGCCAGAAAGGCUCAGGCUCUUCCAAAGGUGAACGCGAAAAGGCCAAGGGUGGUUGUAUUUACACAAGGACAUGAGGAUACCAUCAUGGCAACAGUGGAUGAAGUUGUGGCAUUCCCAGUGUUGGAGAUUGACCAGGGUAAAAUAGUAGACACAAAUGGAGCUGGGGAUGCAUUUGUUGGAGGUUUUCUUUCUCAGUUGGUGUCUGAAAAGCCUUUGGAAGAGUGUAUCCGAGCUGGUCAUUAUUCUGCUAAUGUGGUUAUUCGACGAGCUGGCUGCACUUUUCCAGAAAAACCGGACUUCAAAUAAUGAAAGGGAUGCAGCCUGUGAAAAGAGAUCUGCAGGUCCCUAGUUCCUCCUUUCUCCUCCCCUCUACACAGGCAUAAAAAGGAACUGUACUCUGUUCUCCUGUCAGCUUCACAAAUAUAGUAUAUACCCUCCCCACAUAUCUCUCUACCUCUUCUCCAAUAAAUUUGUCCAGUAUUUGGGGAGGGCAAUGUUUAAAUGGGUGUACUCAAGGUAACUUAACUUGUUGGGUUAUCACUUGGUGAAAUGUAAUUAUCUGAUCAUGCACACUGUCUGGACAACAUUGCUGCUUAAGUCUUAAAUGUAAUAUCAGGUACAGCCUCCUACAACAUUUAUCCAUUAUUUUAUUGGAAGAGAAAAUCUUUAGCAGAAAAACUCUUUGGCAGAUAUUGGUGUGAAUGGGCCUUCAAAUAUUUACGCACAUAUGCUCACAAAUUGUAAUUUAAGAAGCUAAUUGAGUAUCAAUUCAGACCCAGAUUCUUUAGAUCUAUCAACGGGGAUCAGCAGGGCUUACAGUAGUCUUUUUGGAAGGGAAAGGUGUGGUGAUGGCCUCCUAAGAACAUCAUUUUCACAGUUUCUCUGUAGAGGAAAUGUCUUUGUUCUUCUGCUGGGCAACUAUUAAGAUGGUAUGCAGCAGAGCCUGUAAUAUUUACAUUCUCCAGAGCGCAAUAAAUUGCCUUCUGUCAGUGCCCUUAUAGACUGUUGUGUAAGCUAUAUUUUGUUGUAUUUAAUAAUGGUGCAUUGUUUUUUCUAAAUUGGGUACAGACUUCACAUGCAAAACUGUCAGGAAAUGCCAAAAUGUGGUUUUAAACCAAACAUGGCCAAUGGAGGGGGUGGAUACCAAAAUACAUUUGUUGGUUUCCUAUUGAAGUAAUUUUUGGUAGCGGUGCACAGUUUGGUAACAAUAUUGAGGAAAGCCUUUUUUCCCCUCCCAUUUUACUAGUUUGUGACAUUAGCACAGUCUGUGGUACAUUCAUACAAUGUAUAAUUUGAUACUGAAAAAUAAAACAAAAUGGACUUGUUUA